AAAAUAAACCAAUUACUAAGAUAUAUCAUCUCUAAAUUUGAAUUCUGAAAUUAACUGUUUUCACUAGUACAUAAUGAAAGCUAAAAAUACAUGGAAUUUUACUAACUAAGAAAUGCAAUAUUUAAUCGAAGUUUUGUGACACCAGAACUUGACUAAGAUCAUCACCAUUCGUAACUCGUUAAUUGAAUCUGCUUUUGAGUCACACACAGUUACAACUUGUACAACAGAUCGUUCACAACUAUGAGUAGAGAGAUUGACUGAGAGCCAACAAAAUCUACAGCAAUUUUACAAUUAAACGGACUUAUACAAUGUAAAACAGAAUAUGGCUACAAAAGUCAUAUAUUUCUCCAUUGGAGGAUGCGAAGAACAAGCGGAAUUCCGAAGUGAUGACUCCAGCGAUGACGUGAGAGAUAUUUUCCGAGCUGCGGCUGAAGCAGGUCCCAAUGACAUACUGAAGCUAUACAACAGGAAAGGAAGCAUUAUCAAUAUCUCGCCUAAAUUGACAGAGAACACGCCAGAUUCCCGCUAUAAGCUAGAGGUAGUUGCUGCCCAUUGUACAGAUGCCAAUAUAGCUGCCCAGUUGGGCUUUGACAUUGGUGCAAUAGAAAAUAGACUUCAGCAUUUGGAGAGAAAUAUCCUUACAGACAGUGGAGAGACUCCAAAACUUGUAUACGAUAUGAAACAAAAAGUAGAACACUUCAGGGAAAAAUUAGAGAGUGUAGAACAUUUAAGCUGGCUAGGCCUAUUCAAAGACAUCUCCAGUGGAACAUCACUGCAGCCAUUCUGGAAUAAAAAGAACAGCGCUGUGAGACGCAGUGCUGAAGUGAACAAAAGGGUAUUUGAAAAAUUUAUAAAAAUGACACAUGUCCAAGUAACUGACGAAGUGCGACAAUAUCUCAGGAAGCCUACAUUUGACAACUGGCAGUGGGACGAUAGCGAAAUGUUGAUACUUCUCCGACAAAUGUAUAUAGAUCUGGGCUUUAUUGCCAAGUUUAAUAUUGAGAUCUCAGUGUUAGAACAAUGGCUGUUUGAAAUUUACAGAGGUUACAACCAAGUACCAUUUCACAACUUCAAACACUGCUUCAUGGUCACACAAAUGAUGUAUGGAUUGACAUGGUUGCUUGAUUUGCCAACAAUUUUAGAUGAUAUAGAUGUCUUAAUUCUCAUAACUUCCGCCAUCUGCCAUGACUUGGACCAUCCUGGAUACAACAAUGCAUAUCAGAUCAACGCAAGAACAGAAUUAGCGAUGAGAUACAAUGAUAUUUCACCACUGGAAAACCACCAUUGCUCCAAAGCCUUCGAGAUUCUUGAGAAAAAUCAUGCAAAUAUAUUCAGAAAUCUUCCACUAGAGACAUUCAAGAAGGUCCGAGAGGGAAUGAUCAAAUGUGUUUUAGCAACAGACAUGGCCAAACAUUCAGACAUACUCAAUUCUUUCAAAGCCAUUAUACCCAACAAAGAUUUUACCAACAAAGAGCACAAAUCAUUGGUUAUGAUGAUUUUGAUGAAAGUGUCAGAUAUUUCAAACGAGGCUCGACCCAUGGAGGUUGCUGAACCGUGGAUUGAUUGCUUACUUCAAGAAUUUUUUAACCAGCUUCUACAAAUACUAGUGAAAGUUGCUGAUAUAUCAAAUGAGGCCCGUCCUAUGGAGGUUGCAGAACCGUGGCUCGAUUGCCUUCUACAGGAAUUCUUCAUGCAGAGUGACGUGGAGAAGCUUGAAGGACUGCCAGUAGCACCAUUCAUGGAUAGAGACAAAGUAACAAAACCUUCCUCUCAAAUAGGGUUCAUCAGAUUUGUACUUUUGCCUCUGUUUGCUGCCUUGGCGGAGAUGUUUCCAGCUAUAGAGGAACACCUUAUACGACCUGUGAAUUGGGCUUUGGACUAUUAUACAAAAAUGGCAGAUGCCAUUGAUGGACAAAAGAUGGAACGAAAAGAAUCGUCAAGUGGAAUUAAAAAUGGAAUCAGCUCUAAGCCAAUCAAAUCCUAGCACAGAAUUUAACCAAAAGAAUCUGUCUCGUGUACAAAUCGCUAUUUUUGGUUCACAUUGGCAUUGUGGAAUGAUCUUAUUCGCCAUUUACUGUGGACUGAACCUGUGAUAUUAUCAAUUUCGAGUCUAGGCUAUGUCUCAUUUGGUAUAUUUUAUGUGCCUAUUUGUGGUAUGGGUUUCCAUAGGCAGGAAUGAGAGAAUUUAGAGACUAUGUGUUAUGGGUUUUCAUAGACAGGAAUGAGGGAAGUUAGAGACAAUGUGUUAUGGGUUUCCAUAGACAGGAAUGAGAGAAUUUAGAGACUAUGUGUUAUGGGUUUUCAUAGACAGGAAUGAGGGAAGUUAGAGACUAUGUGUUAUGGGUUUUCAUAGACAGGAACUUAGAGCCUGGGUGUUAUAGGUUGCUAUUAACAGGGAUAAGGGAUUUUGACCCUCUGUGGGUUGCUAAAGGCUGGUACAAGGGAACUUAGAGCCUAUGUGUUAUGGGUAGCUAUAGACAGGAAUAUAAGAGAAGUUAGAG